AUGUGUUCUUUUAAUGAAAAUUUUCUUCGUUAUCUACUUAAAUGUUUUAUAGAAGGCAACCUCACGAAAACAGUAGUAAUCGCAGUCUCAUCAAUGCUGACUAGAUCGAACAAGUCUUUGGAGUGGAAUGACAGUUUAUUGGAUCCUAGUUCCGAUUUAUAUCGAAAUUAUUCAGCUGAAAUUUGUAAUUUGCUUUUGGACAGCAUAUAUUCAACUAAUAUUGAGGGAAUAAUCAAUGUUAAUUGCACAGUUGUUGGCUUCUCGCGUGGAUCAGUUGUUGGAAAUGCAGUAUUAGUCAUCGACCAUAGUAGCACAAGUGGGAAUUUCUCAUCGACUGAAGUGACAAAAGACACUGUUCAAAAUGCUGUUGUGGCAUACAUAGCAGAAAUGGUUGCCAAUGGGUCGGAGCAAGUGUACUUCGAUACAUCAAGUGGCUUGACAGUAGAAACUGUAAUCGAUGUGGCAACCACUGAGGUGAUCACUGAAUCCCAGAAUACCGAAGAUAACAAGACUACGGGUAAGUAA